AUGUCCAAAGUCGCUCCCCCGAUGACAACCCGACGAUCCGGACGAGCCAAUUCCAAGAAGGCCGCUCCCUCCUCGGCCGAAUCGGCGCGAGCGGCACUCGCACCGACCCCCUCGACCGCCGCUGCGAGCCGAGCGUCCCGCGCUGCCGCAACAGACACCGACGCCGAUGCACUGUUCCAAGUCGAUAGCGUCGGGUCCAGCUCUGUGCGCCAUGCCCUGCUGCGUGACCACGUCCAGGCCCCCGCCGCGGCCAAGAUGCGCAAGGGCACCUCGUUCAAGAAGCCGCUCAAGUCGGAGCAGAUCCUCGUUGCUCGGUCCGCCGUGCCACCGAUUUCGAAUCGUGCCGUACCGGUUCAUGCCUCGGCCAUCGUCAAGAAGGAACAACGCAAAGCCGCAAAGGUCAAUCGCGAGACCAAAGAACGUCUCAAGCGCAUCGUCGGGCGCAACGGACAGGGACAGGGGCUGUGGGCCGUCAAGACCACCGACGAGAGGCCUGCCGCGAGUCAGAACGGAUUGAUCAUCGGUGGCGGCAAAGAGUACGAUGCGUGGGGCAGUGUCGUAUCCGUCAAGCAAGACGAUAUGGAUGUCGACAUGUCGAUGCAACAAGUCAUGCGGGGGCAUUUCGGUCAGAUCAAGCCCAAGGUGAGCAACCCCCCUUCUUGUCUCGAUCAAGAAUUGCGGACCAGACCAGUUGAUUCUGACCUUAAUCAUGUUGCCACAUUCUCAACAUCGUCAUCGACAUCGACAGCCGCCAUCAUCAUUACGUUCACAUGCAUUGCUCGGUGUGGCCGACUCACAUGGUCCUAGAUCUGUGCCUACGCCCCAUCCUGGAACGUCUUACAACCCCGCCCACGGCCAGCACCAAGCGCUCCUCUCGUCCGCGCUCGAGAUUUACACCACCCUCGAGGAGCGCGAAGGGCGCGGCCAACCUGUCAAGGAGGCCAUGGACCGAGUACGUGUCUCAAACCAGCAAAAAUUCCUGUGGGAAUUGUUCGAGGAUGAAGUUGGGUCGGGCGAGGACGAGGAUCAGGAUCAGGACGAGGGCCACGACGCCACCAAGACCGGCGAUGUGGGCGCACCCUCCAAAAAGAACCCUCCCAAGCGGAAAACGCGACAACAGCGCAACAGGAAGCUUUUGGUUCGGGACGAGCAGCAAAAAAUGGCCGAACGGCGAGCAUCCAAGGCCAGGAUCGCCUCCGUGCUCAAUGCGCCGUCCGUCAAUGCCGCGAUCGAGGCGUCGAGACAGCUUUCUUUGGCCGAAAAGGCCGCGGCGAUGAAGGUCAGGAAAGCCAGAUUAUCCGAAGGUGGAUUGACUCGUUUCCGAUCUGGACCGUCACGAGUCCCGAACGCGCCCGUGACAUUCCAACUCGGCGACGAGCUUGCCGACAACCUGCGAAACGUCGCGCCGGAGGGCAAUCUUUGGAAGGAAUGGGUCUCGAGCGGGAUGAGGCGAGGCAAAGUGCCAGUCGAGCGAGCGAACGAAAGCAAGAAAGGUGGUCGACGUGGUGGUCGCGGUCACGACAAGGACCACAGAACCAAGAUUGUCGAAAAGUGAGCGCUGGCGAAGACCUUUACUGGUGGCAGGCCCAAGCUGACCGUUUUGACCCGUGCUCUCUGACCAGGUAUGCGUUCAAGAAUUGGAUCGCAUAA